AUGAGUGUCGUUGGCAUAGAUUUCGGUUCUCAAUCGACGAAGAUCGGCGUUGCUAGGAAUAAGGGGAUCGAUAUUAUCACGAAUGAAGUCUCUAAUCGGUCUACACCAUCCCUAGUUGGGUUCGGCCCCAAGAGUAGAUACAUCGGUGAGGCCGCUAAGACACAAGAGAUCUCCAAUCUGAAGAACACCGUCGGCACCCUGAGACGUCUGGCUGGCCGUUCUUUCAAGGACCCCGAUGUCCAGAUCGAGCAGGACUAUAAUACUGCCACCUUAAUCGAUAUCAAUGGUGAAGCUGGCGCUGAGGUGUCUUAUCUGGGCAAGAAAGAACAGUUUACUGCUACCCAGCUAGUGGCUAUGUUUCUGACCAAAAUUAAAACAACCGUCGCUUCUGAACUGAAACUCCCCGUUGCAGACGUUGUGUUAAGCGUACCUCCGUGGUUCACGGAUGCCCAGCGCCGGAGUCUGCUAGAUGCUAGCGAGAUUGCCGGUUUGACAUGUCUGCGCCUCAUCAAUGACUCCACUGCUAUUGCUCUCGGUUGGGGUAUCACGAAAUUCGACCUACCUUCUGCCGAAGAGAAGCCCAGGAGGGUUGUCUUUGUUGAUAUUGGACAUAGCGACUACACUUGCUCCGUUGUUGAGUUCCGCAAGGGAGAACUAAACGUCAAGGCCACGACAUAUGACCGCCAUUUUGGAGGCCGUAACUUCGAUAAAGCUUUGGUCGACCAUUUCGCCAAGGAAUUUAAAGAAAAGUUCAAGAUUGAUAUCAGGACUAACCUGAAGGCGUGGACCCGGACUCUAGCUGCUGCGGAGAAGCUAAAGAAGAUCCUCUCCGCAAAUGCCUCCGCACCCAUGAGCAUUGAGUCCUUGAUGGACGACGUCGAUGUCCGUAGCUUCGUCAAGCGCGAAGAACUCGAAACAAUGAUCCAGCCCCUUUUGGACCGUGUCACCGUACCUCUCGAGCAGGCCCUUGCCGAGGCGAAGCUAAAACCAGAAGAUAUCGAUUCCAUCGAAAUGGUAGGCGGCUGCACCCGUAUCCCCAUCAUCAAAGAGAAGAUCAGCGAGUUCUUUGGCAAACCGCUCUCCUUCACGCUCAACCAGGACGAAGCUGUUGCCCGCGGCUGUGCCUUCAGCUGUGCUACUCUCUCUCCCGUAUUCCGCGUUCGCGACUUCUCCGUCCACGACAUCGUGAACUAUCCCAUCGAGUUCACGUGGGAGCAGGCCCCCGAAAUCCCUGAUGAGGCCACCUCUUUGACCGUUUUCAACAAAGGCAACGUUAUGCCAUCGACCAAGAUUCUUACUUUCUAUCGUAAGCAACCGUUCGAUAUUGAGGCGCGAUAUGCAAAGCCAGAGGGAUUGCCUGGCAAAGCAAACCCGUGGAUCGGCCAUUUCUCCGUCAAAGGUGUGACACCAAACCCCGACGGCGAUUUUGCUACCUGCAAAUUGCGAGCUAGGCUCAACCUGCAUGGCAUCCUCAAUAUCGAAUCUGGAUAUUACGUGGAAGACGUGGAAGUCGAAGAGCCAAUUCCAGAGAAAGAAGGCGAAGCCAUGGAUACGGAUGCGCCCAACGGCGAGGCCGCAGAGGCUAAGCCCAAGAUGCGCAAAGUCAAAAAACAGGUGCGCAAGGGUGACCUUCCCAUCUCGUCCGGCACUGCAGGCCUCGACGCGGCCGCCAAGGGACGUCUAAGCGAGAAAGAGAAUGCCAUGUUCAUGGAAGACAAGCUUGUUGCGGAUACGGAGGAUAAGAAAAACGAGCUUGAGUCGUAUAUAUAUGAGCUUCGGGAUAAGAUUGAUGGUGUCUAUUCUGAAUUCGCCAACGAGGACGAGAAGGCGAAACUUAAGGCAAAACUUGAUGAGACAGAGGACUGGUUCUACGAGGACGGCGAAGACACCACCAAAGCCGUUUACAUCGCCAAAAUGGAUGAGAUCCGCUUUGUCGCGGGCCCCAUUAUUCAGCGCCACGCGGACAAAGUCGAAGCUGAGCGCAUGGCUGCCCAGAAGGCGCAAGAAGAGGCGGCUGCGAAGAAACGCGCGGAACAGGAGGCGGCCAAGAAGAACGCAGCGCCUGCAGGCGCUGAUGCGGAGAUGAAGGAUGCGGAUUCCGCGUCUCCUAGGGCCGGGGAUGAGCCAAUGCCAGAAGUUGAGGAGGCUUCGUGA